AUGAUGACGACGAUGCAGUCCAAGCUCACACCAAGAACGAAGGCAAGUCCUCAGCUAAAUUAAUUGGAUCUCCUCGGACGGGACGACCGACGACGGCGACGUGUAUAAAAUAAUCUCGAUGCAUAAGCCCUGCCGUCACGGACGCAUUCCUUCUCUUCCAUUGAGCGAUUCGUGGACGGCCGGCAGCUGAUGGAGACGGCAGCCCACCGCCGACUACAGGCAAUAGCCCAGCACCUAGUCGACGGCCGUCAUCCGACGAGCUCUUCUUCUUGGCUCCGCCCCAACGGUACGGCCGCCGAGUUCGUCCAAGAGCAGGGCUACAGUGUCAUUCUACCUGAGAAGUUGCAAAAUGGAAGUUGGAAUGUAUACAGAUCUGCACGCUCACCUUUGAAACUAAUUACUAGGUUUCCAGAGCAUCCUGAUAUUGCAACUUUACAUGAUAAUUUUCAAUUUGCUGUUGAAACUUAUGGAGAUUACAAGUAUUUGGGAAGUAGGAUCCGUUCUGAUGGUACAGUUGGACAGUACAAAUGGAUGACAUAUAGUGAAGCAGGUGUAUCAAGAUCAGCAAUUGGGUCUGGACUUGCAUAUCAUGGGAUACCAAAAGGUGCAAGUAUUGGAUUGUUUUUCAUAAACAGUCCUGAGUGGAUAAUUGUUGAUCAUGCUUGCUCUGCAUAUUCUUACAUAUCUGUUCCGCUUUAUGAUACUUUAGGACCAGAUGCGGUGCAGUAUAUUGUGAACCAUGCAAAUGUGCAGGUUAUCUUUUGCGCGAUGCAAACACUAACCUCUCUGCUAAGUUUCACAUCUCAAAUUCCGUCUGUACGUUUAAUAGUGUUAGUAGAUUGGUUUGAUGAGAGUGUAUCAUCUGUCUCCUCUAAAAGUGAAGUGGAGAUUAUCACCUACUCAAAGCUGCAUAGUCAGGGGCAUGCUAAUCUUCUACCUUUUUGCCCUUCGGAACCUGAAGAUAUUGCAACAAUCUGCUACACAAGUGGUACUACUGGUACACCAAAGGGAGCUGUUCUUACUCAUGCAAACCUGAUUGCUAAUGUUGCCGGUUCUAGCUUUAGUGUCAAAUUCUACCCUUCAGAUGUCUUUAUAUCUUACCUUCCUUUAGCUCACAUCUAUGAGCGAGCAAACCAAAUUGUUAUGGCACACUUUGGAGUAGCUGUUGGUUUCUACCAAGGGGAUAUUAUGAAGUUGAUGGAUGAUAUGGCAGCUCUAAGACCCACAAUAUUUUGUAGUGUACCUCGUCUAUACAACAGAAUAUGCGAUGGAAUCACAAAUGCCGUGAAGGCAUCAGGUGGCUUGAGAGAGCGGCUGUUUAAUGCUGCAUACAGUAGCACUAUGGAUGCAAUAACAAAUGGAAAGAAGCCAUCUCCAAUGUGGGAUAGAUUAGUAUUUAACAAAAUAAGAGAAAGACUUGGUGGAAGGGUGCGGUUUAUGACUUCAGGUGCAUCUCCAUUGUCAAGAGAUGUCAUGGACUUCCUGAGAGUAUGCUUUGGUGGUCAAGUUAUUGAAGGUUAUGGAAUGACAGAAACAUCUUGUGUCAUAAGCGUAAUGGACGAGGGUGACACGUUAACUGGCCAUGUUGGAUCCCCAAGCCCUGCUUGUGAGAUCAAGCUCGCAGAUGUUCCUGAAAUGAGUUACACAUCUGAUGAUAAACCUUAUCCUCGUGGAGAAAUUUGUGUAAGGGGUCCUAUCGUCUUUCGAGGGUAUUACAAAGAUGAUGUGCAAACGAAAGAAGUAAUUGACGAUGAUGGAUGGCUGCAUACUGGAGACAUUGGCUUGUGGUUACCUGGAGGACGCUUGAAAAUAAUAGACAGGAAAAAGAACAUCUUCAAAUUGGCCCAAGGAGAGUACGUUGCUCCCGAGAAGAUAGAGAAUGUCUACGCCAAGUGUAAAUUCGUCUCACAGUGCUUUGUUUAUGGCGAUAGCUUAAAGGACUCCUUAGUUGCUGUAAUAUCAGUCGAUCAAGACGUAUUAAAAACAUGGGCUGAAUCUGAGAGAAUAAAGUAUGAAGAUUUGGGAAAACUCUGCAAUGAUCAGAGGACGAAAGCUGCAGUCCUUGCUGAGAUGGAUGCAGUAGGAAAACAAGCUCAGUUGAGAGGUUUUGAAUUUGUGAAAGCUGUCACAUUAGUUUUAGAACCAUUUACUCUGGAAAAUGGGCUCCUUACUCCAACAUUCAAGAUCAAGAGACCUCAGGCAAAGGCUUAUUUCACAAAGGCGAUUUCCGACAUGUAUGCCGAUCCCUUGUGACAUAGCACUUGGCUUCUUCAAUUAUGGGGAAGAACAGGUGGAGGCAAAAGGGGAAAAUAAAGAGGAAUAGGUGGGUUAACCACUAAGAAAAGCCAAGAAAAAAACAAAUCAAAAGCGAGAAAAAGUUGGGGAAACAUAAAGCAAGCAAUAUUUAUCAUGAAGUGCAAACUAUUGAAAUUAGGUAUGAUGGCUACAGAGAGGUUGGUGUGAUUCUUGU